CACAACCAUAUCAAGUCCUCACAUUCUCUCAUAGAAAGCAAAUCCUCCUCCACAUUACUCUAAGAUCAUCUUUUUCUAGCCGAAGAACACAGAGCACACAAUGGCCAUCCUUCUUAAGGGCAUCAUGAAUGCUAAGCAAAUUCUCCGUCGAUCAAAUUUGCUUGCUAACCAAGCAACCGAAGUUCCUAAAGGCUACUUUGCGGUCUAUGUUGGAGAGAGCCAAAAGAAAAGAUUCACAGUUCCAAUUUCAUUCUUGAAUCAACCUUCAUUCCAAGAAUUGCUAAGAAAAGCCGAAGAAGAAUUCGGAUAUAGUCAUCCGAUGGGCGGUCUUACACUUCCUUGCCGAGAAGAUACCUUUAUUGACAUCAUUUCAGGCUUGAAUUUAUCAUAACACAGAGCAGGAAUUAAUUUGCUUCAAAACUUUUGUACAUCAUUUACUUUUGGUAGAGACAAAUGGGAUGGGAAAUGUCCACCCAUAAGAGAAUUUAUUAAUACAGAUCUGCAGAGUUGCUCUCA